UCAACGUCAUCAGGCUGAGACAGGCGGUUGUAGGAAGAGAGGUGACGUUAGACUCGUGACAAAUGCGGUAGACACAAGCGUGAAUAAACACAAUUUUAGUCGAAGGUAUGGAGGCUGUAUAUGGACCAUUGACCAUGGGUGUCCUAGCCGGUGUUAGCUGUGGACUCUUACUUGGCUGGUACCUCAGAGGGAAACUCGGAAGACCCGCCGGCGGCGGCACGAGCGCAGGUGGUGCGGGGGAUGAGAACGAGACAUCUUCCAUGGGAACAAGCGAGGAGCUAAAACUCAUCAUCGUGGUCCGAAAGGACCUCAGCAUGGGCAAAGGGAAAGUGGCCGCUCAGUGCUCUCACGCGGCGGUGAGCGCCUACAAGCAAGUGCGUCGAAGGGACCCAGACCUACUCAAGCAGUGGGAGUAUUAUGGACAGCCGAAAGUAGUAGUGAAAGCUGAUGACGAGGAAACCCUAAUGGAGCUUUGGAGAAAGGCAAAAGAGCUGGGACUUCCCGUCAGUUUAAUUCAGGAUGCAGGCAGAACGCAGAUAGCGCCGGGCUCUAGAACUGUUCUUGGAGUGGGCCCAGGCCCUGGUGAUUUGAUAGACAAAGUGACAGGGCACCUGAAGCUAUAUUGAAAAGAAAAGUAGGCCUACUGUUUUUCAGUUCAACAGUCUUCUGCUUCUCAUGGAUUUGUAAGGUGCUUUCCCUGCUGCAGUGAUUAAAAUGUUUUCACACGA